CUAAACUGGAAUCCUGGUGACAUUGUCAACAUUACGGACAGAGCAGGCAUUGAUAAGGUGGUCAACGAACUACAUAAUGUAAUACAACGAGCCUACUCUCAGUCCACCACUGUAAAGACGGUCAAAUGUACUGCCCCAUGGUGGAAUAAGGACCUUACUAACCAAAGGAACACUCUGAGGAAAGUGAAAAAGAGGCUUCGGAAAGAACAUGACCUCAAUAAAAAGCAAGAAAUCCGCAAUGAGUAUACUACCCUCUUUAAAAAUUACAAAACUGCCAUUAAUAAGGCGAGAUCUCAGGCUUGGAAAGACUUCUGUUCCAAAGUUGGAAACAAGAACCUAUGGAGUACUCCCUAUUAUGUGGUCACUGGAAAAAAGAAAAAAUUACAGAUUCCACCUUCUAUCAGGAUUAACAACGAUGAAUACGCUAGCUCUAUCACUGAGACCUACAGACAUAUCAUUCAUGAGCUGUUCCCAGAUGAUCGACUCGACCAAGACGAUCAAUAUCAUAAGGACAUCAGGGCCAACAUCGAAAAAGACUAUCACACUAUAAAUGAUACACCAUUCACUAUGCUGGAGAUUGACAGAGAAUUCCGGAGAAGUAUCCUGGUGGAUUCCGAUAGUAAUACCCACCACCAAAAGAACAUCAAUAGGGGUUGCCCGCAGGGUUCCAGGUCAGGUCUGUACCUCUGGAAUAUUCUUUACAACAGUCUGCUCAAACUACAACUCAAUUUACACAGCGAUCCCCAGGCUCUUCUCCAUGGGUACGCCGAUGACACGGUUCUCUUGCUCAGUCAUGUCAACCAUGAAGUACUGCAAGAUAAGAUAAACCAGACUCUCUCAAUAAUAUCUGAUUGGUGUGAGAAGAAUAAGCUCCUAAUUAAUCACGAAAAAUGUCAUGCCAUUGUUUUCCCUAAAGGCAACAUUUUGAAGAAGGGCUUCAGUAUCAAGAUUAAUAAUAGAAAGAUUAAAAAUUCCACUGCUGUAAAAUACCUAGGUAUUAUGAUGGACCAAAAGCUGAACUGGACAGAGCACAUGCGCUAUAUCUAUGGAAAGGCUGUUAAAGUGGUCCAGGCUCUUAAAACUAUCUGCAGGAACUACUGGGGCUAUGGUCCUACUACAAGCAGAAUUCUUUACACUACGGUGAUUGAGCCCAUGGUUACAUAUGGUUCAGAGAUGUGGGGCUCCUCCAUCUCCAGGGUCCAUAUUAGGAGGAAACUUCUAUCGAUCCAAAGAUUCCUAGCGAUAAACAUAGCCAAGUCCUGUAAAACUGCCCCGACUGAAGCCCUGCUUGUUAUAAACCAUACUCUUCCUAUUGAUUUGAAAAUCUGGGAAAUCUACAUCAAUUACAACAUGAGUAAGUUGGCCAAUAAGCAAAUCGACGGGGUCACUUUCCAAGACAUUGUUGCCAAGAACCCUUUUUCAGAGGAUCUCUGUUCUCUUGUCAACUUAAUUGUUACCAAUGGCUUAGACAAAUGUCUCAACUAUCACCCUUGUUCAUCCCAGCUUCACUCUCACAGACUUCCGCAUGCCUAGCCAUAGCGUUAACCAGUCUAUUAGCAUCUACACUGAUGGGUCCAAAUCUGACCUUGGUGUAGGCUGUGCUAUGGUUAUUCUCAAGGGAAACCACUGCAUCCUUCAGUCGUGCAAGAAGUUAGCCCCACACUGCACUAUUAACCAGGCGGAGUCCCUGGCUAUCUUCAACGCUUUCACCUGGAUUGACAACAACUACCACAAUUGGCUCCAGCACAGAUUCUGCAUUCUGAGUGAUAGCCGAACUGCUAUUCAACAAAUUGCAAAGGCCAUCUCCACCCUCCCAAUUGUGAAAGACUGUAUUCACAUUUUCCAACGGCUCAGGAGCAGGCUCAUUAUGAUAGAUCUUCAGUGGGUCAAGGGUCAUGCAGGGAAUGAGGGCAAUGACAGGGCAGACCUUCUUGCCCGCAUUGCUUCCUCAAGGGUCUCCAACUUUUCUUACAACAGGAUUAGUAUUAAACACCUU